UCAGUCAUGUGAUCAGCUGUGUCCAAUCACAGCUGAUCACAUGGCACUGAUAAUCAGUGUGCCCUGAUGAUCAGUGUGGCCCCAGAAGUGCCACCUGUCAGUGCUCAUCAGUGCCAGUGCCCAUCAGUGCCAUGUGCCAGUGCCCAUCAGUGCCACAUCAAUGCCACAUAUCAGUGCAUACCAGUGCACAUCAAUGCCACAUAUCAGUGCCCAUCUGAGCUGCCUUUCAAUGUCACCCAUCAGUGCCAGUCAGUGCCACCUAUCAAUGCCAAUCAGUGCCACCUAUCA